UAGACGUCGCCGCAGUGUCGGGACAUAAAGUUUCGAAAAAGAGAAGGAAGAAUUGCCUUAUCCUCCUUGGUCGGCCAAGAAAACAAAAGACAAUCUCACGCAGGGUAGAGCGUGACCAAGAGACAAGAGCAAAGGAAUCAUAGACGCAUUAAGAGGUUUAUCGAGGAAUCCAACCCUAAAUAAAUUGAUGAUGCUAGUGAACGACCAUUGCGAAAGUACCUGUUCCUAAAGGAGAAUGCACAACCGGGUUCCCAGUCUCUCCUGCGCGGCGGUGGUCGCGAUCCUCGCUCUCGUGACGCCCGGCGCGGCGACGAGAGACCGGAGGCAAGCCGUGUGCAGCGGCGCACCUUGCAUCCCUGUCGACUCCUGUCCCCCCGUGAAGGCGCUCUUCCUGUCCUCCAACCCAAGCCACAGGCAGAGGGGGCAGCAGCUGGUGUGCGGAAGAGAGGGCAGACGUCUGAAGGUAUGUUGUGCCUCGAACGUAACGCCAACACCGUCACCAACACCCAUAAUUGUAACGCCCACCAGCAACCCUGGGGGGAAUGAACAGCUGUUGCCCUCAAAGUGCGGACAGUCCAAUUCCGUGAACAAAGUAUUCGGUGGCGAAGAUGCUGUUGCUGGCGAAUUUCCUUGGGUGGCUGCUUUGGGAUAUACAGCUCCAGGCGGCCGUGGCUCUCCGGAGUGGCAGUGUGGAGGAGCUCUCAUCAACAGCCGUUACGUCCUAACAGCUGCUCACUGUGGCCAUCCAGAUUUUCUGUUCGGCUAUACCCUAACUGUAAUCCGUCUCGGCGAACACGACCUCUCCAAGACCAGAGACUGUAGCCAACGCCUCUGCUUGCCUCCUGUGCAAGACUUCACGCCUGAGCAAGUCGUCCUUCAUCCUUCCUUCAACAAACGUGCUCCCGAGAGUGAUGAUAUUGCGCUCAUCAGACUGAACAGGAACGCACAAUCCAACGUUGGCGUGCAGCCCAUCUGCCUCCCUCGCGCUGGCUUAGACGUCGGCUCCUUCCUUGCGGGUAGAGACGCUAUAGUGAUCGGCUGGGGGCAUACGGAGAGGGGCAGAGAUACCCAGGUGCUGCAGAAGGUCGCGCUGCCUUUCGUUGAUCUCGCCACCUGCAAAAGAAUGAACGAAGGAGAAACGCUGGUUAACGAACAGGUUUGUUUCGGCGGACAAGACUCAUGCAGUGGUGACUCCGGCGGCCCUCUCUUCUUGGACGCUGCCCCUGGCACCAUCCUGGGCGUUGUAUCGAAGGGCGGGGCGUGUGGAAGACCCGGCGUCCCUGCGAUCUACACCGACGUCGCCUCCUACAGGGGCUGGAUCGUACAGAACCUUAGACCUUAGGAGCAAAGUCGUUUUUUCGUCUAUGGUGCCUUUGUUUUCCCUUUGAUGGUAUAGGCGUCACAUAGUUCUUUUGGGGGGGAUUGUUUUGUUUGUUGCUGUUCAAUGUUCAAUGUUAGAUUGUUUUCACAAUUAUUUUGUCUUAUUGUUCUCGAGUUAAACUACCCAAAGGAUUUAAAUUGAAUAUUUUGUCUAAUAAAUGUUUGAAGUGUCCGAAUGAAAGAACUUUUUGUAAUGAAUUUCAUGCAAUGCACCGAUACAUCUGAUAAGUUGUAAUUGAUGUCUUUGAACCCAUUAAUUAGGCCUGUCUGUUAA